UGUCUCGGUGAUCACACGCGCACAAACUCACAGCUGGAUACCGAUGAAGGUCUUAUUAGCAACAGCCGCCUUGCUGGCGGCUUGGACCCAUGGCCACGAAAUAGAGAAACGGCAGGCCAGUGAGCCGGAGCGACGCGUGGUCUGCUACUACACAAACUGGUCGGUGUACAGAAGGGGCAUCGCGAAGUACACACCACAGAAUAUUAACCCUUACCUGUGUACUCACCUGAUCUACGCCUUUGGAGGACUCACCGACGAAUUUGAAGUGAAGCCUUUCGACACUUAUCAGGAUAUUGAACAAGGCGGCUACGCUAAAUUUAACGGCCUCAAGCAAUACAACAAGGGCUUAAAGACCCUCCUGGCUAUCGGCGGCUGGAACGAAGGCUCGGGUCGAUUCAGCGAGCUCGUGUCUCUGCCUGAGUACCGAAAGACGUUCAUUAUCUCGGCCAUAAGGCACCUGCGACGCUACAACUUCGACGGUCUCGAUCUGGACUGGGAGUACCCUGCUUCUCGAGAUGGGUCGGCGCCUGAGGAUAGGGAGAACUACGCAGCGCUGGUCAAGGAACUCCGCGACGCCUUUGAAGACGAAGGAUCCAAGGUCAAGAAAGGCAAGCUCCUCCUAACCAUGGCCGUCCCAGCUGGUCAGAACUACAUCGAUAAAGGCUACGACGUUCCCUCUCUCUCAAGAGACCUGGAUUUCAUCAACAUCCUCAACUACGACUACCACAGCGCCUACGAGCCUACCAUUAACCACCACGCUGCCCUCCUCCCCGCCCCUGGUACCUCCGAGUACGAGUGGAACGCCCAGCUCAAUGUGGACUGGACCGUGAAAUACUACAUCUCCCUCGGCGCAGAGAGACAGAAGCUGGUUAUCGGCAUUCCGACAUACGGCCGUUCAUACACGCUUCUCGAUGGAAAUUUCACUGACUUCGGGGCCUCGGCUGACGGUCCGGGCGAGCAGGGAAAAUAUACCAAAGAAAACGGGUUCAUGGCUUUCUAUGAGGUUUGCGAGAAUAUUGCCUCGCACGGAUGGGACGUAAGAAAGCCCUACCCGCGUCGUAUCGGUCCUUAUGCCUACAGUGGAGACCAAUGGGUUGGUUACGACGAUGAAAAGAUUGUUGCCAGAAAGGCGGAAUACGUGCGCGAAGAAGACCUCGGUGGUAUUAUGUUCUGGAGUCUCGAUAACGAUGAUUUCCGGGGCAUUUGCAACGGCGAGCAAUACCCACUCGUUGAGGCGGGCAAGAAGGCACUCUUUGGCGCUGAAGAAACCCAGACCAACGAAGCCAGGAAACUCACAUCCACGUCAAGCACAAGAGGGUCGGUCUCAGACACCCAGCGCCAAAGAAACACGUUCCGCACCACGACCCAGGAACCAGAACCGCAACAACCGCGCCGACGCCCCUCCACCACGAGAGGAACCCAAGGCAGCACCAGAACCCGAGGACGCUUCAGAACCCAGGACACCACCACCACUACCCCAGAGCCCUUCAGAACCGCCGAGGGUGGUUCGUCCGCCCGCGCCGGUCAAAGGGUUCGCGGUGGAACCCAAUUCAGGGGCGCUAGACCGCAGACUGACACUGAUAGAUCCACUAGAGUUCGCGUCAGCAACGAAAGGCCCCGCGGCACUAGCCUCACCACACGCCUUAACCGCCCACGGACAAGGACCACGCCCGCCCCCACUACGACGACCACCACCACGCCCAGGCCUACCAGACCAACCACGCCCGCCCGCACGCCCUUACGCCGCCGCCGCCCGGGAGCACGCCCACAGAACAGGCGCCAGCAACAAACCACCACCAUUGACCCUCUCAACACGCCCGCCCCCCCCACGACGCCAAGCCCAUCAACUGGAUUCUCAUGCAAACGUGAAGGUUUCUACCCCAACCCUGAUAACUGCCACAAAUACUACUGGUGCCUGGAUUCCGGUGCCUCGGGACUUGGCAUUGUGGCACACAGCUUCACCUGCCCCUCGGACCUGGUGUUCAAUAAGGUGAUCGACGGGUGCGACCACCCCGACCGCGCUAAGUGUUCGACGGAGAAGAAGAGCCGCGGGGGGGCAGGUGCUACGACCCCUCGCUCCUCCACCCCCAUCCCCACCACCACCGAAAUCCCCGUGGACUACUCCUAUAUGGACGACUACUACUACUACGACUACGAGGAGGAACUGAUUGAGCCCGAGGUGGUGGAACCCGUGUCGAACGCCGUGGCUAGGAAGAUCCACAACUCCGGCGGGAACCAGUUCGUGAUCUCAGACGCGCCCGCGGAGGAGCCAGCAGCCCCUUCGUCACGAGGUCCCGGCAGCCGGUCCAGACCCCAGUACCAGAGCAUCGCCAGACAACAGGCGCAACCAGCAGCGGCGGCAGAAGAGGAUAGUCCGUCCCCCGCCGAGCCUGAGACCCGAGGCGACCCCCUCCGCCAGUACACGACGAUCCAGCGGUCGCGCCCCCCCCGCCCGCAGGCCGCCGCCAGGGAGCAGGAGGAGACGGAGGCCCCAGAAGCCGGUGGCAGCGCGGGAGGACGCAGGAACUACGUGAACAUUGAGAGGCCCCGUCGCCCGGGCGCCAGGUCCGACGCCACCGAGGCGCCCUUCGAGUCCUUCGAGCCGACGCAGCCCACCCUUGAGUACGUGACCAUUCGGCGUGACCGUGACAGGACCCCUAUCCCCCCCUCCCCCUCUGACACCCCCCUCUCGCCCUCCUCCCCCGUGGAGGAACCCCAGCAGACGAGGCUCGCCCAGGGCCCCACCACUCCCAGGUACGUGACCCUGCAAAGACGUACCAGCACGACCUCACAGCCCAGCACGACCGCCGAGGAAGAGCUCCCCACGACCUUUGAGGAAACGACCGUCGCCUCGACCUUCCCCACCGGCGAUGACUUCGGAGUAGCUAGUGGUGGCGCAGCGCUUGAGGAUUACUAUUACGUCGACGACCUUACCUAUGAUGAUGAAGCAGCCACCUCUUCUCCUGCAAAGCCACAAACCAUAUCCGAUACCACUACUACUCCCACAACCACAACUACCACACCUAUCCCAACAACAACCACAACUACCACCACCACAACACCGCCGCCAACUACCCCAACACGCAGGACAUCCAGGCCCCGAACACGUACACGCGUUAGAGGCCGUCCAGUAACAGGCUCCAGCAGCCGCAGCCAGGAGUCGUCUGCAGGCCCUGGGGAGCGCAGAACCUCCACUCUCCGCCGCCGCCUGCCAUCCUCCACAUCCACCACGGCCGAGGGAACAUCUGUCACAGGAACGACCUCGACUAACGUGGAGGUUGUGAAGGAUGUGGAGGUGGCGCAGGAGGAGAAGGAGGAGGUUCUGGCGACUCCCACUGCCGGUAGACGACCCGGCAGACUGAGGCCCAACAGACCCAACCCACAAACACGGAGAAGGAUUGUCGUAAGGAAGAGAGUCGAAGACGACGCCAGAUCAGAUCAAGCUCAAAGCCCGACGUCCGGCCCUGCAAGGAUCCGGCCCCGACCCACCGCCUCGCCCCGCCUCACCACGCCCCGCGCCCUCAUCCGCCCCCGCCUGCGCCCCUCCGCCACCACCGCCGCGCCGCCGCCGCCGCCGACCACCCUCGAGCCCGCCAUCGUCGAGGAAGAAACCUUCGUCGAGGAGGAGAUCUUCGCGCCCGAGGAGGACUUUGUGCUCGAGGAGGAGUUCGUGCCCGACACCACCGCCGCGCCGGAGACUUCGGUGAGGCCGACCAUCAAGUCGCUCCUCAGCCCUCGGCCGAGGCCAAGCACCACGCCCGCGCCCAGGACGCCCGCGCCCACCACGCCUGCACCCACCACGCCCAGACUUCUGACCCCUAGACCCACCGCUGCCAGGCCAGUCCGCCCGCGCCCGUCCUUCCGCACCACCACCCCGCGCCCCUCGACUACCCGCCCACCUCCUCGCAGCCCUCGCCCUCCCCGCCCGGUGACCCAGAGGGCGCCGCCCGCGCCCGUCGGCCCCGCCGCCUCGUCCAUCAUCGGGGGAGACUACUUCGACUACUAUUACGAUGACCUGGAACAGGGCGCUCUCACGGGCACCCUCGGCCAGCUGGCGACGCUGACGGAGAAGGCCGUGCUGAUGCCCGACGGCUCCGUCACGUGCUACGACACCGGCUACUUCGCUCACCCCGAGUCCUGCAAGAAGUUCAUCUCGUGCUCCAAGACAGUGCGCGGCCUCGUGCGCGGCUGGGUGUACACGUGCCCGCAGCAGCUGGUGUUCGACCCCGUGGGCGGCAUGUGCAACUGGGCCGAGGCUGUCGACUGCAUCGGGGCCGAGUAGCGCCCGACGCCGACGGGGAGCCUCCGCCCGCCCGAGGGGCUGCGGCGCCGGCACCGCCAGCGCCGCCAUCCCGGGGCGACAGAAGUGUCAUCGUGUUAUCGUGUAACAUAACCAUGUGAUGGGCAAGGGUCUAAAAAAUCGUACAUAAUUUGUAAGAUAUAAUGUUGUGAAACAGUAAUUGCGCCUCUGGAAGACUUGCAUAUUAUUGUUUAAAAUUAUCUAUCUGAUAUGUAACCUUAUCUAUAGUCUUGUUAUAUUUCAUCUGAUUAGGAAUAGGAUGCAUGAUACAAGUAAAAAAACUAAAACAAAUAUUUUGACAAUAUCUUCAUAUAAAUCAAGUUUCGAGAUACAGACCUACAUAAAAAGCAGUAAAAUAGUUCAACCCAUAUAUAAAUAUUUUUUUGCAUGAGUGAAGUAUACAAUUUUUGUUUUCAGUGUUAUUCACUUAGUGUCAAUUAUGCCAAACUUUUUUUUUUUUCUUUUCGUUUUUCUUCAUCUUUUAUAUAUAUUUUUUUGUCACGUUUCUUAGAGGAGUGAAAAGUAAUGGUUGACAGGCGUGCAUCUCUCAUUUGUUCCUUUGUUGUUUCAAAGAAGUGAUACUUUGACUGUGUUUUUGUGAAACUUGUUGAGUGAAUGUGUUGAUGUGGUGCUCCUCAUCCGAUGUGAAGAUGAGAUUCUAAAUUAUUAUUAUUAUAUGGGUUCUUUAUAUUUGACCCCAUCAGUGUUUAUUGUGUAAAUAGCAUUUUGUAAUUAAACAUAUCCAUAUAA